AUGACGGUUGUUCCUCAUUGGGACCGCUCCGACGCUCCGAAAUCUGAACCCGUCAUGAACCAACCACACACACGUUAUCUGCUCACCGCUGUACUCGCUGCCUUCGCGUUACUCUUAUACCAUGCCCCCAACGCGUACAUUCUAUGCUCGCCUUCAAACAAUAUCUACACUGUAGACCCAGCAGCACCACGGGUAGCCUGCAUAUCUGUGCGCGGUGACCGCGUUUACGACAUUGGACCUCUCCACGAACUCCAGGCUCAUAUUCAAACAUACUUCCUCCCCCUCCAAAUAUAUAAAUGGCUUAACCUCAUGCGCGUCGUGCACAUCCCUCCAGACGCCGUCGUUGUACCUGGACUUACCGGUCCGUUUCUCGGAUACGUACCGUGUCAUAUGGUUGAAUACGACAAUAGAUGCCCAUGCGCAUAUCAUCGAGAACGGGUAUAUGACGCAGCUCCCAUUGACGGCGACCAGUUCGAUUCAAGGUCAGCAAUCUUCGUCACUCAACGACAUACUAAACGUCCAAUCAAAGAUGUCGUUGACCGCGUCAAGCAAUAUAUUCAGACCCACCCAGAUGUUUACCAUAAUACUUCUAGGUGGAUUGAGGGCAUGGGCUGGGAUCAGACAAAGUGGCCAGAACGCCUCUUCCCCACUGCCUCAGAUCUCGACCAAGAUCCUCUACUCAAAGGAAGAUUAAUCUCAUUAAGUCGUAUCGACGGGCAUGCUCGUUGGGUAUCACCUGCCGUCCUCGAACUUAUGAACGACCUGCCUAAAGAGGUUGAAGGUGGUCAAAUUGUGAGGGGUGAACAGGGAAAGCCUACCGGGAUAUUCGUCGACAACGCAAUGAACCUGAUACCCAUACCACAUUGGACUGAAAGGCAAAUAUCUGACUUUUUCGAUUCCACUAUCAAAGAGGCACUCUCCCGUGGGUUGACGUCUAUCCACGAUGCAGAUAGUAAACUUGAUCACCUCGCGUUUUUCAAAAAGAUGGCGGAACGGGGGAAGUUACCUAACCGCAUCUACGCCAUGGGAAAUGUGCCUUCAGACGAAUACUGGGGCGACCAGAUUCCACGCCUGAUCAACUACGGGAAGCACCGCAGGCUGAAUGUACGUGGUGUAAAGCUUUAUGCCGACGGUGCCUUGGGAUCGUGGGGCGCUGCGUUGCUAGAACCAUACUCAGACAACCCCAGCACAAGUGGUCUUAUGCUAAGUUCUCCUGAAACAUUGGGGAAACUCGUGCAGCAGUUUUGGAGGGAUGGUUGGCAGACGAAUAUUCACUGUAUCGGUGACCGGGCGAACAACGUUAUCCUAGACGUGUUCGAAAACGUUCUUAACAAUCUUGGGGGGAAUGUCACCGAAUGGCGCCCUCGGAUUGAACAUGCACAAAUUUUUAGCCAGGCCGAUUUGAAGAGGAUGGUGAGGCUUGGCGCAAGUGUUCAACCAACACAUGCCACAUCCGAUAUGGGGUACGCUGAAACCCGGCUUGGUCCAGAAAGAAUCAGAGGCGCCUAUGCCUACAAGACGCUGUUGAAAGCAUCACCGGCAAAUGUCCUGCCGCUUGGCUCGGACUUUCCUGUAGAGGGUGUUAAUCCCCUCCUUGGUUUUUACGCCGCAGUCUCCAGGCUCGCUGUAGACGGAUCUUCACCACAUGGCGACGGUGGAUGGUUCCCAGAUGAACGUCUCACACGUGCAGAGGCCCUGAAAGGUAUGACACUGGAUGCAGCCUAUGCAUCGUUCGCGGAGAAGGAACUUGGUUCACUGUCCCCGGGAAAGAAGGCAGAUUUUGUGGUGUUUGAUCGGGACAUUAUGACUAUUCCUGUAAAUGAGAUCUUGGAGGCCAAGGUGAAGGCAACCGUAGUUGAUGGAGGGGUUGUUUAUGGAACUUUGUAA